UGACGGCCAUGACGACCAAAUAUUGAUUUGUGUACUCCGGUUUGGUGGUUGCAAACGUUUGGAAAGACAUGAGUUAGAAGGUUGGGUGAUGAUCAGUUGAUGUAUUUUCUACCAUACGUCAGUGUAUUUUGCUGCACUGGGUUACGAAGAUUCUGUUUCAGCAUAGAACUUCAAUAAAGAUCAGUGUAGUCGUCUACCUUUAUAGGUGAAAUAUGGCGAUUGGGAGAGUUAAAACGAAAGUUGAAAAAUCUGGAGAGAUUGUUGCAUACAGUGAACUGGCAGUAAGGAACAAUGCGAGUGUUGUAGAGUAUUGCAGAACAUCAAUGGCUGCUCUGUCUGGAGGAACAGCUGGAUUGCUUGGACUCACCGGCUUUUACGGCUUUGGCUUCUAUGUAUUUGCUGUGGUGGGACUUUGGGUGUUAAUAUUACUAAAAGCAGGAUCAAACUGGAGGAAAUACUUCAUCAGCAGGCGGACUCUCCUUACAAAUGGGUUCUUUGGAAGUCUUUUUACAUAUGUGCUGUUCUGGACAUUUUUAUAUGGAAUGGUACAUGUGUACUGAGGCAUAUUAUUAUUGAUUUCACAUCUGUUUCUUGUGUUUUUCCCAUUUCCACAUAUUCAAGAACUUCAAGAUGAGAAACAGAUAACUUCUGAUAAAGUAUUCAUUGUUUUUUCGUGCUGUACAUUCAUAUUUGCUUAAAGUAUUUAGGUACAAGGGACCAUUUGAAUUAGGUGCAUUCAGGUUGUCAUAUUAUUGUGUUUUAAAAUAGCAGGAAUAUGGUGUGAUCUGUUGUCUUCAAAAUAUAAUAUUUUUAGUUUCAUGAAAUGUCUAGAAAUAGUGACCAGUAGGGCAGCAUAAUUGUACAGAUCAAAUUGUAGAACACUGGACUGGAAAGCAAGAACUUCAGAUGAAUAAAUUUUGGGAUCUGUAGUCCCAGGAGACUUAACCUUAAA